UAACAGAGCGCAUAAAUGUGCUUGAAACAGCUCAAACUCACGGUGCAAUUUGUCAAAAGCACCUCGAAAAUCCCAGAAGCUGGUUCCCUGACUUUAAGCCUUCAACUUUAAGAUACCCCUUUUGGGGUUUUGGCUUUUGGUGCAGAUUGAGGUAUAAGUACUCAAGCAUAGAGCAUCUGAAUACUGGGACAAAUUCUUGUGGUUUGUAAUAUGGCCGGGGAAAAUGGUGUCCAUGGUGGUACACCUCAAGAGCAUGAGGAGACCACAUUAAAAAACCAAGUAGAAGGCACGAACGGGGACCAUCAAGGCUCAGACAAGAGCAAUGGAGAUGAGAAAAAUGAAAAAAUUCCAUUUUUCAAGCUAUUCUCAUUUGCAGAUAAGACUGAUUAUAUCUUGAUGCUCUUCGGCACAAUUGGUGCCAUUGGGAAUGGUUCAUGUAUGCCCCUCAUGACGAUAUUGUUUGGGGAGAUGAUUAAUUCUUUUGGAAAUAAUCAAAACAAUACAGAUAUAGUUAGUGUUGUUUCCAAGGUCUCUCUAAAAUUUGUCUAUUUGGCCAUCGGGGCAGCUGUGGCAGCAACUCUUCAGGUCGCUUGCUGGAUGGUAACAGGGGAAAGGCAAGCUGCAAGGAUAAGGGGUUUGUAUUUGAAAACAAUAUUGAGACAAGAUGUUGGUUUCUUUGAUAUGGAAACAAACACUGGAGAGGUCGUUGGGAGAAUGUCUGGCGACACUGUUCUCAUACAAGAUGCCAUGGGUGAGAAGGUUGGAAAAUUUGUACAGCUGCUUUCAACAUUCGUCGGAGGGUUUAUAAUAGCAUUCAUCAAAGGGUGGCUUCUUACCCUUGUCAUGUUGUCCUCUAUUCCUCUGCUUGUGGCAUCGGGUGCAGCUAUGUCCAUCAUUAUAACCAAGAUGGCAAGCCGUGGGCAAAGUGCUUAUGCAAAAGCAUCAAAUGUAGUUGAACAGACGAUAGGCUCCAUUAGAACUGUUGCAUCCUUUACCGGCGAGAAGCAAGCUAUAACAAGUUACAACAAAUAUCUUGGAGAUGCUUACAAAUCAGGUGUUCAUGAAGGUAUAGCUGCUGGAGUAGGUCUUGGCAUGGUUAUGCUAGUUGUGUUCAGUUCUUAUGCCUUGGCUGUAUGGUUUGGUUCAAGAAUGAUAAGGGACAAAGGAUAUUCCGGGGGUGAUGUGUUGAAUGUGAUUAUUGCUGUUUUGACUGGAUCCAUGUAA